UGGGGGAGUUGUGGAGAAGUAAUUUUAGAUAAGAUUUCUCCUCCACUGCUAUUUGUAUUUUAAGAAUCUUUUCAAUCAAUCACCCACUCUUAGAACCUGGUUUAUUUCCCUCCUGUAAACCUCUUUCUUAAAGUCCUUCUUGGAUGCUCAUGUGUGUCCUGUGGCUGACAUCUGACUCGUGUAAGCAACCUCCUUCCCACCAUGUCGGCCUGCCGUCCAGGCCAGUGGAGCAGUGGUUUACUCGAAGGAAUAACUGCUGCCAGCACUGCUGUGCUUUUGGCAGGGAAACAUUUGGCUGCAAGAGGCCCCUGUCUCCUGUUUCACAUACCAGGAAAGAGAGGUGAUGAAGGUGAACUCUGAGAAAGAGUUGUGCAUGAAAGCUCGGGCCAGCAGGGGGCAUUUAGAUACAGUAUCACAGCAAAUGGCCUCUCACCCACAGUACUUGGAGAGCUUUCUGCGCACCCAGCACUACAUCCUGUACAUGGACGGGCCCCUACCCCAUCACUACCGCCACUACAUAGCCAUCAUGGCUGCAGCGCGGCACCGCUGCAGCUACCUGGUGUCUCUGCACUCGGCUCAGUUCCUGCGGGACGGGGGUGACCCACAAUGGCUGCAGGGGCUGGAGGCGGCACCAGCCAGACUCCGCCAGCUCGACCACAUCAACAAAGUGCUGGCUCACCAGCCCUGGCUCACCGCACCCUCACACAUCCAGGCUCUGCUAAAGCCCGGCGAGCAUUGCUGGUCCCUGGCUGAGCUGGUCCAGGCCGUGGUGCUUCUGGCCCACUGCCACGCGCUCUGCAGUUUCGUCUUCGGCUCGGCCGCUGAGGUGGAUGCGACCCCCGGACCCAGGCCGUCUCGUGGGACGCCCCCAGGCUACUGCCUCUGCGACGCUGCCAACGGCAACGCCGCUGUCCCUCUCGCAGAGCGAGCACCCCGCAGGCGGUCCCUUGACUCGAGCUGUGAGCUGGCCUGCCUUCGAGAAGGAAUCCAUAAGUCACAGGAGGAGAAUGAAAGAAAAGGAGAUCUAAACCUACAGUCUCACACGCUCCUGCAUAUAGACGCAGAAGAGGAGGAGGAGGAGGUGAUGUGUUCCAUGGACCCUUCCCGCUUUGUAAUGGACCCCGAGUUUGGCUACCAGGAAUUUGCCCGAAGGGAGGAGGACCAUUUCCAAGUAUUCCGGGUGCAGGACUACUCUUGGGAGGACCACGGUUUCUCCCUGGUGAACCGGCUCUACUCAGACAUCGGCCACCUGUUGGACGAACGUUUCCGCAGUGUGGCCUCUCUGCCCUCCCCCCAUGACCCUGACCUCAAGAGAGCCAUCUGGAACUACAUCCACUGCAUCUAUGGAAUUAGGUAUGAUGACUAUGAUUACGGAGAGGUGAACCAUCUGCUAGAGCGUGGAUUGAAACUUUAUAUUAAGGCGGUGGCCUGCUACCCUGACUCCACCAAGAACCCUCUUCACCCCUUGCCCUGGGCUCCUCUCAAAGCCUCAGAGAAGGUCCAUGUGAACCUGCUGGUGAUGGAGGCCCGGCUCCAGGCGGAGCUGCUCUAUGCGCUAAGAGCCAUCACGCAGUACAUGAUCGCCUAGGACCCCAGCCAUGGAGCGCGGAGAGAGCAGGGGGGGAGUCGCACAGUCACUUACGGUACAAGACAGACCUGAGCCAGGGCCAGUGGGGACAGGCAAGGGAAGAAGAUGGAUGGGGAAAUGAGAGCGAAAGCUGAACAGGCUGGUGAAGAGCAAUAUCUCUCAUUAUUCAUGGCUCCUAUACGUUCUCAUUUUCAGAGAUUACUUAAGUGUGAACCAAGGUACUGCUGUGAAAAAUCUUGGAAAAAAAACUAUUACUUUUUUUGUCUCUGCAUGUUGUUCCCUUGCUCCUUUCUUACUUUCUUGCAUUUUUGUGUGAGUGUGUGUAUAUGUGCGCACACAUGUAUGUGUGUCCAGUGUGUUUCUUUUUUUUUACGUUUCUUUUUGAAUAUCCUUGUUUGUUCCAAUGUGCAAUUACUUUUAUUCUGUUGUUGUUGUUGUUGUUGUUACUGAUAUUGUGAAUAGUUUUUAUCAUUGUGGGGUUUUUUGGUCUGUUGAUUCUUGAAUGGGAGAAUAGAAGUGUCAGUUUCAGCUGUAGAGUAUUGAGUGGUAAGAUUGAGGCAAAAACAAGUGACCGAACUCCCAAAUCAGAGGUCUGUGUUUACUGAGGCUAAGUGAACAGACAAAUGAUAAUAGAAUGUUUAACAAGGUUUCUGAAUAUUUCAAUUUUAUGUUCAGAACAAGAUACAACAGACAAUGUGGGAAAGGUUAUGUGGCUAUGAAUUUGUUUUAAUAGCACUUUUAAGAUAAUCAUAUUUGGGCACCAAAUACUCUUACAGCAGCAUCCAACUGAUCUUGAAAACCAUCAUAAAAGGAUGUGAUUUCAUAUGACUCCUUUUAAAUUACCAGAUGUUCUGCUGACUUAUCCAGCAUUAAUGUGAAUAAUGAAGAUGGUAGACACAAAUCUGGGAUUCAGAAGAGUCUGGCAGAACUUUCAAAUGACUGACACAUUUUAGGAAUUUUACUACAAAUGUAGUUACCUUAUGAUGUGCACUCCACUGACUAUGGGGCUUAGAAUAAGCUUGUUUUAAUGUUGAAACAUAUUGGUAUAGGUCAAAUGAAGGAUUUAAAAAACUGAUCUGCAAAACGGUUCAAUUAUAUUUUUGCCAUCUGUGAUAAGGUCAAAGGUCAGCCUGCCGUGAUGCUUCCUGUAAUUGACCUGCACAAUUUGUUUCCUUGCACUGGACUUUUUGCACAAAACCCCAUAAGUGACCUGCAUUGCCUCUGAGCAGCUGUAACUGUUUUUGGAACAAAUGACCUGGUGAGGCCUAGUUUCACUGGUACCACACUGAUGCCAUAGUUAUGUUAAAUGUUUUGGUUGUGGAAAAGGCCAAACUUGAUUAUUUGGCUAGGUCAAGCCAUGAUAGUAUUGAAGAGUUGCAGUUUUCUACUGCUCAUGUAAGGUACAUUUGGCAAAGAAAUAUGGGCACCAUCAUUGUUCUUUCUUUUUUUAUAUUUCAAACACAUUGCAUUACUAUACUAUAUCACUAUGGCUAUGUUCAGAGUUCGUGUAGUACUCAAAUCAGAUUUGUUUGGGUUUGGUUUUUUUUCCUUUUGUCCUUUUUUUUUCUUUCCAAAUCUGAUAAGACUUAGGAAUUUAGACAAUAUAUGGAUUAGAACUGAAGUGUUGCAAUGUCAAGAUAAGAUGUGUAAGGGGGGGUAAUUAAUGAUUUGAUUGCCUUUCUAAACCUAGCCAGUGACUGUGUUUUGUUCUUUUUUUUGUUGGAGGUGUUUGGGGUUGGACAGAUGGUGCUGAAUCUCAUCAGCUUUCAUUUAGUAUAGCACUGUGGGAUUCUUGGGAGAAUUAGAAGUGCAUAUCAGAAGAGCACCAAAACAAAGUAUGAAUUUCAGUGUGCUAAAUUUUUUGGGCUGACUUCCUAGAUGCCGAUUAAAAACUUUUCAGACAAGAGACUGUAUCCUUUAGUCCUGGACUGCGUGGUUUGUGAUGAGCCACAGACAGCUUCAUUAGCGCGGUGCCUUCAGCUUAUAUCAGUAACAAACUUGGGCUGGUGGUGUCAUUGGAACAACUGGAGUUGCAGCUUGCGCAUGCUGAACUGAGCCCUGUUUUGUAGCAUGGACACCACUGUUUAUCGCUCCUGCACUUGGCAGUCAAACAAAUCUGCGACCAAGGAGCUCACAAGUACAGACUGUUCAGUGGUUUGCCUUGGAGUACCAGCCAACGCACAACAACAGCAGCAGAAGCACCGAGCCUCUGCACCAUCAGGCUGCUCCACAUUUUUACGGAGCUUACGUGUGCUGUUGUUUACCCGUCAUACCAUCAGCAUGUCUUGAUUUGUUUCUCCCUGAUAGCCUUGUCUGA